AAAUGUUCCUAAAAGUUGCUUGAGUUACAAGUUUGUUUUGGGCAUCUUUUUGUUGGUUGGCGAAUCAGUAAUGAAAAAGGGAUAUCAUAGUGGAUCACAUGUGUGUGUAAAGUGUAAUUACACAAACCCUAAAAUCCCAUCCUUCAUUCCAACUAUUCGACCCAAACCAUAAAAAUUGAUCAACACGAAAAUAGGGUUACAAAAAGACCGACCAUACUCGAGAACUACACAUGGUUACGUGUUGGGGUCUUAUUGCUCUUUCUCCUACUACCAUUGCCAACUCCCCUGUCUCCUCUGCUUCUACCUUUUGGGUCUAAUUUAUUACCCUUCCUUUUCCCUUCAUCCCUAAACUCAUCCAUGGUGGACGCCAAGAAGGUUGUGACCAUGGUACUUAAAGUGGACCUGCAGUGCCAUCGGUGUUAUAAGAAGGUCAAGAAAGUUAUCUGCAAAUUCCCUCAAAUUCGAGACCAGAUUUAUGAUGAGAAACAAAACCUUGUGAUUAUCAAAGUGGUUUGUUGUAAUCCUGAGAAGCUGAGAGAUAAAAUUUGCUGUAAGGGCUGUGGGGUUAUCAAAAGCAUUCAAAUCCAAGACCCUGAAAUUCCCAAGCCCGUCGAUCCUCCGCGGCCCAAAAAAGUCGAUCCACCGCGGCCCCAAAAGGUCAUCGAUUCUCCUCCGCCGAAAAAGCCCGACCCAACGUCUCCUCAAAAGGUUGUCGAUCCUCCGCCGGUCGUCGUCCAGAAUCCCCCACCAGUACAAGCCAAGCCGGUACCAAGGAACACAUGCGUGCCGGUUGCAGGGCACCCGCCGGCAUACCCGAUGGGGGUGUGCUGCAGGGAGUGCUAUGAAGGGCGCGGUGGGGGCCCGUGUUACAGCGGGUUCGGUAGGCCGCGCUCAUGCUGCGAGGGGUGCGCUUCUGGAAGGCCUAUUUACGAUAGCUAUGGCGGAGGGAGGAGCUGUUACAUCAGCCCCUGUGAGUAUCUAAAUGAAGAAAAUGCGACAGGGUGCAGUGUAAUGUGAGGCGUUGCAGCUCGUGAAUGGUGCCAGUGACGUUCAUGCGCACCUUAUGGUUAUAUGAUAAUAAGGGAGUUCUAAUUACAUUACAAUGUGGCCUGGCCUCACUAUAGAGCUCGGUUUUGAGGCUUCAAGGGCGUGACAGAAUAAUAAUUCAUUUCAUUAUAUUCAUCUUGGUUAUAAGUUUUCAAUAAUUUAAGAUAGUUAAAAACGCUCAUUCCUCAA